GGGGUUUAGAAAUCCCAAAACCCAAACCUCCUUCCAAUGUUGUAAAGCUCUUGCCUAAAUAAAAAGAAAUUUUGUUGGGUUCCAUUUAGGAAAAUAUCUUGUUCAUGUUCUUUGUUCUCUGUCUCAAAUUUUGAUGGCAAUUGCAUUUCCAUACGCUGUAGCUGGUAAUUCUGUUACAGUCCGAUGGAAUUUACCGAGAGCUUCGCUUCUCAGAACACCAGUCGCAGCAAGAGAUAAAGGUUAUACCAAAUUUCUUUGGGGAUGCGCAUUGAGUUCCAGCUCUAACUAUGGAAAAUCCCUAUUGGGCCCAAGAAAUUUCUUUGAAAGGUCCAUUCCUGUGAACCGCAACACAAAUAGGAGGAUGGGAUUUUGUAGGUGUGCUACCAUUGAAGAAAUUGAGGCUGAAAAAUCUAUGAUUGAAAGUGAAGCUAAGGAUAGGAUGGAAAAGACUAUUGAGACAAUCAGAGGAAAUUUUAAUGCUGUAAGGACAGGAAGAGCAAGUCCUGCCAUGCUGGAUCGAGUUGAAGUUGAGUACUAUGGAACUCCUGUCAGCUUGAAAAGCAUUGCACAGAUUAGUACUCCAGAUGGAAGCUCCCUCCUUGUUCAACCAUUUGACAAAUCCUGCUUGAAAGAUAUUGAGAAGGCCAUUGUAAAGUCCGAUCUUGACGUGACUCCUAACAAUGAUGGAGAAGUGAUUCGCUUGAAUAUCCCGCCGUUAACAUCAGAAAGAAGGAAGGACCUAUUAAAGAUAGUGGCAAAACAAGCUGAGGAGGGAAAGGUUGCCAUAAGGAAUAUAAGGAGAGAUGCCAUAAAAGCAUACGAAAAGCUUGAAAAGGAAAAAAAGCUGUCUGAAGACAAUGUGAAAGAUUUGUCAAGUGAUUUGCAGAAAGUAACUGAUGGAUAUGUAAAGAAGAUUGAUUCCAUCUAUAAACAGAAAGAGAAGGAGUUAAUGACUGUCUGAGGACUCUCAUGGUUAAGAGAUAAACAACACUACAGUCAAACCAUUAAUGUACGUUUUUGUCAAAAGGGAAGGAGUUUCAUAAUCCAGAUCUCAUUUGGAUUCCAGCCCCACCUUGUUUGAUUUUGCUUUUUGUUGCUUAUUGUAUAUGUUCUGUGCUCGGAAAAUAGUGCCAAAUUUAAAGUGGAUGUUAAUGAAUUGAUUAGGGUCAGGUUUUUGUACAGAAUGGAUUUUGAAUCUGUAACCCUCCAAUAUGAAAGUUCAUGAGCUAAAUUUGUUUCUUAACUGCUAUUUUAUGCUAUUGCUAAUAUUAUUU